AUUCAGUCUCCUUUGCUGGGGAGCUGAACUGAGAAGCGGCCAAGGCCUAAUGCAAAAACAAGAACAUGGAAGUGAACGAAGAUGUCCCAGAAGCCCACCAAGAAGGUGACGAAGAAGAGGAGCAGCAGCAGCAAGUGUGGAGCUGGGGGGCAGGCACGGACGGGCAGCUGGGCACGGGGAGGCUCCAGGACGAGCUCCUCCCUCAGCCUCUCUCUCUGCCAGCCGUCUCCCUCCUCUCCUGCGGCGGCGCCCACGUCGUCGCCCUCUCCUCCGGUGGGAGGGUGCUCACCUGGGGAAGGGGCAGCUCCGGGCAGCUUGGGCACGGCGAGGUCGUCAACCACUGCCUGAAACCGAAGCCCGUGACCUUCCCGGUGAGCUUUCCGAUCACUCAUGUCUCUGCCGGUUGGAGCCACUCCGGCUUUGUCUCAGAUACCGGGCGUCUUUUCACCUGUGGAGAUGGAUCCUUCGGCCAGCUAGGGCACGGGGACUUCAGCUCGCACUGCUGUCCUGUUGAAGUUUUGUACUUUGCCUCGAAGAAUGUUGGACAAGUAGCUUGUGGCAUGCGCCAUUCACUUGUCCUAUUAAAAGGUGAGAUUCACAGUCAGGUUUAUGGGUUCGGAUCUUGCAAACGGGGUCAGAUUGGUAGUCAUGAUGUAAGAAUGAAGUCAGUCAACAUUCCACAGGUUAUUGAUGGUUUCAAGAACAUCGACAUUGUUAGCAUAAGUGCCAAUGGAGAUCACAGUGCAGCAUUAUCUGCUGAUGGAAGUCUUUACUAUUGGGGGAGAGGUUUCCCGGGUUCUCCAGACUAUCAUUCUCCUGCACAAUUAGAUUCAUCUCUCGUGAUAAAGCAAGUGGCCUUGGGAUGGAACCACUCUCUCAUAUUAACAGAUGCUGGUGAAGUCUCGAUGCUUGGUGGGCGACACCACGGCAUAUUAAGUGAUCCGGAGAAAAUUGGCAAAAACAGUUUCCCGGCUGUUGCAGAUAGAAGAGAGCCUGCUCUGGAAAGAGUCCCAGGUCUUGAUGGAGUGAAGGCAGUUGAUAUUUCCGCCGGAGCAGAACACUCGGCUUUAGUCACAGAGGACGGGCUGACAAAGACAUGGGGCUGGGGCGAACACGGUCAGCUUGGCUUGGGCGAUACAAGGGACCAGAUUCUACCGCAAAAUGUAUUUUUAGAUCAGGGACAAUCCAAUGGUGGAGCAAGAUGCAGAGUGUACUGUGGGAGUGGCUUCACUUACGCCAUAAGGACCCGAAACCUCUUCCCGUAGAUUACACUUGACAAUUGACAUCCUGCUCGGUUAACCAUGAGAUCGGCGACCUUCGUUUUUCAGUGGUCCAACUCUGAUAUUCCAUGUUAAUUUCAAGCAAAUGAUUCAAUCUAGCAUAUUGAGUACAUGAGAAUUUACAGACCUGUUUGGGUCAGUUGUCUCUCUCCCAACAGUCAGAACAAAUCACUUCUACUAGGAAUACAUCGACAACGAAAGACAAAUAAAAGUUAAUGAUGAGCAGAUUAUUCUA